AUGUCCGGGCCCACCUGGCUUCCCCCGAAGCAGCCAGAGCCCUCCAGAGUUCCUCAGGGGAGAGCGCUGCCCAGAGGAACCCUGGGGCCGCCAACGGCCCAUGGAGCAUCGCUCCAGCCUCACCCCAGGGUCAACUUUUGCCCCCUCCCACCUGAACAAUGUUAUCAGCCUCCGGGGGUACCGGAAGAUCGGGGGCCUACUUGGGUGGGAUCCCAUGGAGCAGCCCAGCGCCUGCAGGGGCUCCCUCCAGACCGGGGAGUCAUCCACCCUGGAAGUCUGGACGCUGAGAUAGAUUCGCUCACCAGCAUGCUGGCUGAUCUGGACGGGAGUCGCAGUCAUGCCCCUAGGCGACCAGACAGACAGGCUUUUGAGGCUCCUCCACCCCAUGCUUACCGUGGAGGCUCCCUGAAACCCAGCGGAGGUGCUGUUCCAGCCCCGAUGCUCCCAGUAUCCCCCUAUGGUGGACCUACUCCAGCCUCCUAUGCUACCGCGAGCACUCCAGCUGGUCCCGCUUUCCCUGUUCAAGUGAAGGUGGCUCAACCCGUGAGAGGCUGUGGACUGCCCAGGCGGGGGGCUUCGCAGGCCUCUGGACCUCUUCCAGGCCCCCACUUUCCUCUGACAGGUCGUGGUGAAGUCUGGGGGGCUGGCUAUAGGAGCCACCGAGAGCCAGGACCAGGGGUUAAGGAGGGAGCUGCUGGAGUUCAUAACCCUGCAGGAGGAGGAAGAAGAGGUGGGCAUGAGCCUCAGGGCCCCUUGAGCCAGCCUCCAGAGGAGGAGCUGGAGAGACUGACCAAGAAGUUGGUGCAUGACAUGAACCACCCGCCCAGCGGGGAGUACUUUGGUCGGUGUGGUGGCUGUGGCGAAGAUGUGGUUGGUGAUGGAGCUGGGGUCGUGGCCCUGGACCGUGUCUUCCAUAUUGGUUGCUUCGUGUGUUCUACCUGUCGGGCCCAGCUCCGAGGCCAGCACUUCUAUGCCGUGGAGAGGCGGGCGUAUUGUGAGAGCUGCUAUGUGGCCACGCUGGAGAAAUGUUCCACAUGCUCUGAACCCAUCCUGGACCGAAUCCUGAGGGCUAUGGGGAAGGCUUACCAUCCCGGUUGCUUCACCUGUGUGGUGUGCCACCGUGGCCUCGAUGGCAUCCCUUUCACAGUGGACGCCACCAGCCAGAUCCACUGCAUUGAAGAUUUCCACAGGAAAUUUGCCCCACGGUGCUCAGUGUGUGGUGGGGCCAUCAUGCCAGAGCCAGGUCAGGAGGAGACAGUGAGAAUUGUUGCUCUGGAUAGAAGUUUCCACAUUGGCUGCUACAAGUGUGAGGAGUGUGGGCUGCUGCUGUCCUCUGAGGGAGAGUGUCAAGGCUGCUACCCGCUGGAUGGGCAUAUCUUGUGCAAGGCUUGUAGUGCCUGGCGCAUUCAAGAGCUCUCAGCCACCGUCACCACCGACUGUUGACUGCUCUAAGAAGGACCUGCUGGGAUCUCAGUCCCCCUCUGUCACCUCCCCUGACAUCUACCCUUAGUGUUUGCACCAAAUGCUGUCUCUUCUCCCUCCCUUCAUGCAAUAAUAAUCAGUGGAGUGUUUAAAAGCUC